AGAAUAAUUUGUCAAAAGAAUCCAUAUUUUCAACGUGCGCCGUUUGAAAUGAAUCGGGCAAGAACGGGAGAGUCGCCUUAGCCUCCCUUUUUCGCGGCGCAACAGAACAUCCACGCGCAAGGAGGAUAUCCAAUUCGACUGCUGUUACCUUUAGAAAAUUACAUAAAUUUACAGAAUCCGGAUUCCCCUCCCUCGUCUGGAGACCAAAAUCGAAAAUAAACGGGAAAGGUUGACAUUAGAGGGCCGCUGUUUUGUUUAUGAUUUGAACGGCGCCGGACUUGGGUAUUCAUUUAAAUAUAUAUAUUGAUAGAAAAAAUAAACGAACAUGGCUCGUCCUCGGCCCCGGGAAUACAAGGCAGGCGAUCUUGUUUUCGCAAAAAUGAAAGGAUACCCGCACUGGCCGGCGAGGAUUGAUGAGCUACCAGAAGGAGCUGUGAAACCACCUGCAAAUAAAUACCCCAUCUUCUUUUUUGGGACCCAUGAAACUGCUUUCCUAGGGCCAAAAGAUCUGUUUCCAUAUAAAGAAUACAAAGACAAGUUUGGUAAAUCAAACAAGAGGAAAGGAUUCAAUGAAGGUCUGUGGGAAAUUGAGAACAACCCAGGUGUCAAGUUUACAGGAUAUCAGGAGAUUCAGCAGCAAAGUUCAUCAGAGACUGAAGGAGAAGGCAACACAGCUGACGCCAGCAGUGAAGGAGAGGAGGGGGACUCCAUAGAGGAAGACGGAAAAGGCAAGAGAAAGAGUAACAAAGCUGGCUCAAAGCGAAAAAAAUCCUUGGGAUCAAAGAAAUCAUCAAAGCUGUCAAGGAAGUCAUCAGGAGAAGAGGAGGCUGAUAAAGACAGUAAGGAAGAAGAACAUAAGAGCAGUUCAGAGGCUGGCGAUCCAGAAAAUGACACAAGAAAAACUUCAGAAAGCAAGAAAGCCAACGAAGGGACCUAAUUACUCAGAGAAGAACACUAAAUAUUGUGGAAGCCCUUUAAGGGAAGCAUUAAUUGUGGCUGUCAAGUGUUGUUGGACUUGUGAAGUUCUAAUUGCUUUGCCGUUGUCUACUAAAGUAUCUUGUUUCUGAACCUCACAACUUUCCGUUGCUCUACACAGCACUCCAUUUUAUAUAUUAAAGCAAAUCCUAAGCAGUCUUUCCCCUUUAGUGAUUUUUCUGAUUCGCUUAUUAGUAAAAUGUUUUACACCGACUUCUUUUGUACGCCCCAGAUAUCCUUAGGAAGUACAAAUUUCUGUGCCAAAAACAAAAGCAGCUCCCAAUUACAUCUGCACAAGGUUUAUUUUAAAUAUUCACUGUAUUCAGCUUGAUAUGGUCAUCACAAUGCUGUAACAUGUAAUACCAGAUGAAUAAAACCCAAAAGCUUUAUGGUUUUAAUCGAUCGCUAGUAUAACACAAGUCAAAAUGAAUUAAUGGUGGUGGUGAGGCUGGUGCUGUAUAAUCUUAAAAAGAAUAAAAAAAGUAUUGAAAAUGGAAGCCAGAACACCACGAAAAAGCAAUCAGACUUUGACUAAUUUGUCCAAGAGUUAAAUACUUUUAAAUAAACUUAUUUUAACUCCUUGAGGGCUGAAUAUUUUUUUUUCCCCCAAAAAACACAGUUUUCUGAAAAGCAGAAAUCAACGGAAAAUGUCUGUUGUUGUGUGCUGUGAUCGCCAGUUUGUUGCAGUGCAGCACAAUCUGGUUUGCACAUCUUGUCAUUGCAAGUGGUGGUCCUCCUAUGCCAAUGUAGACAUAGGCAUGUCAACUACAUGAACCUCUUCAGGACCGCCAUCAGCUGGGGACUGAUCAGCUGAUGCUGGUACAUUAUAUUCAUUUUCGAUUACUUAUCAAAAUUGGAGUCCGACAAGUCAGAGUCCAAUUCAGCGAUAACAUGCAAAAUGUUGUCCAUGGAAUAUUUUGCUUUACGCAUUCGCUUCAAUUUUUGCCAUUGUUUCCUCCUUGCUGCUCACGCAACUGCAAGGAAUGUCGGUCAAACCAAUGAAGCUAACUUUCCUCCUAGCAAAGAGAGUCCAACUAAAAUGUAACGUUUUCAGUUGAUUACCAAUGUCAACCCCUCCUUUUAACAAAAGUCGACAUCAGCCCUGAAAGAGUUAAAAAGUAAGCAUUUUGCUUAUUUUUAGAUACAAGAGAAUUUGUGUAUCUCUCUUAAGUUUAAAACAUUGAAUCUUCUAAUACAGAAUACCAUGGAAAAUAAUAACCAGUUCCUAGAAUCCAAUCAAUCCAUCUAUUUUUGAACCUACUUAAUCAAUUCAAGGUUUUAGGGACAAGAGUGUGUCCUGCAAGAGGCGGAUGCAAAUCAGCAAGCAUCUGUGGAUUAUUAUUAGUGUAACACAGGGCACACUUCAUCAUAUAGGAUCGACUUGCACUCACCAGUUAAUGAACGCCACACAUGCCCUGGGGGGAGAAACCAAAGUAUAAGGAGAAAAAUCCACAAACACAUCAAAAGAAAGUCCAUACAGUUAGUGGCCAAAUUCUAGGACUCUUGUCCUGUGAGGCCGUCGAACUGCCAUCUUAGAGUCCACCGUAACAUUAUUGCCACUUUUUAUGGAAACUGUAUUAUCUUUCAUGUCAUUGUGGUUUCCAUUUUAAUCAAUGUAGUGUGUAUAAUAAUGUAUGGUUCUAUUGCCACAUCAUCCUUAACAGAGUAAAGGGCAUAGCAAUGAGAAGGUUGAGAAGCUUUUACAAAUGCUCAUUAAAAACAAUUGCAAUUAAUCAAGGAUUCUAGGGACCACAAAGACGAGACAUUCCUGAUGGCCUAACUCUGAAUCUUGUGAAAGGGGUAAGCACCUUGCAGUUGGGUCUCCCCAGAACUCCAGAGGUUCCACCUUUAUUCAGUAUCAGAGCGUAAAUACAUAGCCAUACUAGUAUGCAGUGAGAUGCAGCUCAGCAUUUGUGGAGACCACCAACCACCGUUGAAUUGAAGGGCACUGGAGGGCAGGUAGCUAGAGAAGAGCAUGUCAAUUUGACAAGAAACUCAUUUUGUUUGACAGAGUGGACCUUCUAAAGUAUACGUGGAGUAAUACCAAAAAAUACCAAAUAUCUGAGUUUGUGUUUGCUUCCUUCUAGUUAUAGCAGUUGAAAUGUUUGUUUCCGUACAGAUUCUGUAGAAUAAGCAACUGUGUGGACCUUCACAUGAUGUUUUUAGUAUCGGGUACUAUAAAGAAGACUUAAAUCCUAGGAGAUGGUUUAUGGCAAGAAGAUGAUGUGUUUGUUUCUUUUUUUGUAUCGCCUACCAUUUAGAAAAGUUGAACUGUUGGACAUUUCAACAUUCUCGUUUGUCAUUAGCAAAUAAGAUGUAUUGGAGGUGAUUUAGAUGCACAUUUGAAGAUUUUGCACUUAUUGAAAAUAGCAGGCAUGGAUUACUAAAAGCUAAGUGAGCAUUAAUCGCAGAAAGUGUAUGUAUUUUAUUGGUGUAGUUAUUUCAUCAGCAUAUAAUAGAAAAGCAUGAUACCAAUCUCUAUAGUAUUCACACUUAUAAAAUGCUUAAUGAUAAAUCAUGGAGACUUCCAAAAAGAAAUGGAAUUACUGUAGUGCCCUCCAAAAACAUUUGCGAGUGUAUAUAUAUAUAUAUCUAUUAUAAAAAAAAAUCUUCGGGAGGGAGACUAGGGAGACGAGACGUGAUCUUCUCGGAAGACAAUUUGAAGUCCCACGAGAGACACUUUAACUUGCUCCCAUCUCUUAAAACAAUGACAAGCGAAACAUGCAGCUCACCAGCAGCAGAAACCCAGCAGAUGAUCCGACCGCUUCUCCUUGCGUGCGUUCAGCCACCCUAACCCCCUGUUCACAAUGCGAGCGGCAGAGACGCAAAGUGGCAAAAGGACAGCUGCUGUACAGGCUUUAAAAUGAUUGAUGGGCAGCAACAGCAGCAGAAAGACAGCAGAUGAUCCGACGGCAUCUCCUUAGCAUGCGUUCAAACGCCCCCGACAACGCGAGUAGCGUUAUAUGUCCUGCGAGAAAGAGAUUUAACCACGCCCGUGGCUGGUAAUACAGGACAAGUAUUGUUUUUACAACGUCACUCGAGACAAGGCAGUGAUACAACAUUUAAAACAAGUUCACGGAACAUCUAACCUAGCAGUUGUUGGAUUGCUGUUGGCAGACACGCUUCAUGUGCUCCCAGCUCUUAAAACAAUGACAAGCGACAAGCAAAACACGCAGCUCGCCAGCAGCAGAAAGCCAGCAGAUGAUCCGACCGCUUCUCCUUAGUGCGUGUUCACCCAUCCUAACUCCCCAACCCCUUCACAACACGAGCAGCGUUGUACAUCCUGCGAGAAAGAGAUGUAACCACGCCCGGGGCCGGAAAUAAAGGACAAGUAUUGUUUUUACAAAAGUUUUUAAGUAAAAGUGAAAAUAAUGCAUAUGUAACAAUUCCCAUGAAACUAACAAUCUCUUUAAAUUGUAUAUCCAGUAAACCAAACAAGGGGGUGGGCGAGCCAAGCAAGCAGGGGGCAGAGCCCCCUAAUAUAUAUAAUAUGUAUAUGUUACCGGCAAUGUAUGAAAGGCAGGCAUUGUAUAGAAUACCUAGGGAAUAUAUAGAAUGCCGAAAAUUGGACAUCCAAGUAUGAAACCAUUAAUAUUUCGCACAUUUCCUAGGCAUUCUACGCAAUGCCAAAAGACAAACCGGCAAAGUAUAAAAUGCUCCAAAAAAAGCAAUGAAGUCCAUUUCAAAAUGCCAUUCAAGCCUUCUUUGUUGCAACAAGUAAGUUAAUUUUUUUCUCUUAUUUUUUUCAGUAAGAAAGUUCUGUAUUUUAUUUGAUAUUUUCUUUUUUCAUUUAUGUAAAUUUUAAUAGAUAGAUAGAUAGAUACUUUAUUAAUCCCAAGGGGAAAUUCACAUACUCCAGCAGCAGCAUACUGAUACAAAAAAACAAUAUUAAAUUAAAAGAUUGAUAAUAAUGCAGGUAAAAACAGACAAUAACUUUGUAUAAUGUUAACGUUUACCCCCCUUUAAUGAAGGCCUUUUCAUGACUCUCUUUUCAAGUUUUACUUUUUUGUUGGAAAGACAAUGAAGUGCAAUUUAAAGUACAUUUUUUCCUUCCUUGUUGCAACAAGUAGGUUCAUAUUUUAUUUUAUUUUGUUUUCCUCAAUAAGAAAGUCCUAUACUUUAUUUUGUAUGUCUUUCUUUUUCAUAUAUGUCUUUUCAAAAAAAGCCUUUUCAUGACUCUCUUUUAAUACUUUGCUUAAAUAGCAUUUGUCAUUCUAUAUAAUGCCUAGGUAUUACAUACAAUGCCUAGGGAAAGUAUAUAUAAUAUUUAAAUAAUUUGGAUAUUUCAUACUUUGCCCAAAAACGCCAGGAAUUCUAUAUAUUGUCUAGGCAUUCUACACAAUGCCCGCAUUUCAUACAUUGCCGGUAUUUUAUAUAUAUAUAUAUAUAUUGUGGGUGGGUGUGUAUAUACACACAGGGGUUGAUCAAAGUUUUGAGCCUGAACCUGCCAGGGGUAUUCAACUUUUCUCAUUUUGUAAUUGACCAAAGAUUAGUUCCUGUGUACUAAAACAAGUAUCUAGGAUUUUUGGCUUAUCAUGUAGGUUUCAUAUUUCCGAAUUAACUCACAAACAGUAGAAAAUAAUAAAAUAAUGUAUUGUUUAACUUAUAAUAUUAGAAAGCAGUUUACCUUCAGAGAUUUAUUCGCUCCUAAUCAGUUUGUACCAGGAGCAGCACCUUUCAUAUGUAGAAUUACAUUAUAGCAAGAAAUCUCUGGAAGAUGUUGUAGGAUCUGGCCAGCCUUCACCAGUGACUACACCAUGGAAUGAAUCAUAAGGAGAACUGAAGAGUGACAAUGCAUUAGAUUGUAGACAUUAUAGAGAUCAGUUUUGGGUUAGCUAACAUGAGUGGGGUCUAGGUACAUUAGAUGUCCAGAAUGUUGACUAAUAAAAUCAAGCAUCACCAUAUUCAGUAUUUCAAGGAGAAUCUUGAGCUAAGGAAUUCAGACUGGAAGAAAUUUGAAAGCGUUACGUAACACAAAUUGAAACUUCAAAAAGUCACUAUGACCCACAUUCCCAAUAACAAUGAAAACAAUUGAAGCAUGGAGAAUCUCCGGCACUAAAGAAUUUCUCCAGCAAGAUCACAUACACAAUUUUUGAUGAUGUUGAAUAUGUAAUCCGUACAAAUGACAUGUCUCAAAAUGCCAACAUUGACUUACUUUAUCGUUUGAGGCAAGUCAGUAAGACACAUGAAUUUAGGAAAACUAUCAAUCACCCCCCUUUUGCUUCAUAAUGCCUAUGCUGACUUGGCAAGAGUCGUAAGGUUUUCAAGAGAUGCCACACCCAACUAUAGAAAAGCUUUGUGAAUGUUGGAACAAGUGUGCUAUUGUUCACAGGAAUUAAUUUGAAAAUAUUUUGUUUUACUGGUAUUACUCUGCAGAGGGGUGUAGUUUAGGCUCAAAAUGUUUUAAUAACCUCUUGUGUGAAUAUAUACUUCCUGCAGUAGGAGGGGAGAGGGGAACUGGGGACCAUGUUACAUUUCUUCAGGAGGCCAGUUGUUACUGGCAGCACACAGUCCUACACAUCUCCGUCAUAGUCCACAACUGACUACAGAAGUACUGGCCUCCUGUCCGUGCUCCCUGGCCUCACACUUAAGUGUUCAUAUGUUCUCUGCUUCGGUGUUCUGUGACUGAUUGUUAUGUCCUGUUGACUAGGAGGUCCUAUGGCCUCUACCCAGUGCCAGUGUUUGCUAUGAAGCCGUCUCUUUAGGGUCCUGGUAGCGUAAUCCCAGCCUACCAUGUCCUCCAACCUACAAUGGUGCCUCUGGAUGGUUACCUCCAGAAAGUGCCUCUCCUUUUGCUAAUGUAGCUUUUACUGUGUGGAGAUUUCCUAGAGCAUCCUGUGCUUAUUUGGCAGCAGCUUUGCCAAUGGCUACCAAUUUACAGCUAGGAACCCCAUCACAAUAGAUGCACAUAUGGCACAUGAAUGACAGUUCUUGUCACAUCAGUUAAUAAAAGUAUUUCGGCUGGCACUGCUAGUGCUCUGCUGUGACGUCCCCUGCAAACAGCCACAUGCCCUAAGUACAUUUUGAGUGGCUUAUGUCUGUGUUGCUCUCGGUUUAUAGCAGGGCUGUGGAGUCAGUAGAUAAAUCCUUCGACUCUGACUCCUUAGUUUCCUGUACAUCUGGCUCCGGCUCCUCUGUAUUUAAUAUCCUAAUGUAUUUUCCAUGUUGAUUGAAGGAAGGCAACAUACACGUCAUUUAACCACAGAACUACUGGCUAGGAAGCUGACUCUCUACUGUAUUGGCCAGUUUAAACAAAAGGCAAGACCCCCUGAACACACACCAGGCCAUAGCACACACCUCCACCUACAUCAUUACACUUGUUUACAUAUAUAUACACACACACACCUAAAAACAUACAAACAGGAGUUCCAUGUACAGUACAUUGUAAUUACAGGCGGCUCAGAAACUGUUGAUACUGCAAGUAAAAAACACCAGUUUUACGUUGGCUUUUUUGCUUUCAAGAAUACGCAGCACAUCCACAGGAUAUAAUAUUCUUCAUAUUGGGAUCUCUGAAAUUCUUUUAACAUUUUCUAAUAAAAAAAAAAAUAAUCUGGAUUUUAAAUCAUAUUAAUAGUUUAACAUGGUGGGUUAAUUUUUCCAGCUGUGCAAGAAAGCAAAAGUCCAGUUUUUCAAACUUUAGAGGUUCCGGUAAUGUUUUUAAAAUGUAGUGCCCUGUGCUUUAAUCAGAAGGACUUGAGUGAUGCACUCCCAAACAAGUUGUGCUAGUAAACUGUAGGAUUUGUUUUGGGGGAAAAAAAAGUAUAUUGGUGAUUUGAAAAUCGUAUGUAUUUUAAGCACUUCUUUAUAAUGCAAUUCUACUGUAACUUUACAAUAAAUUUGGACGAACGGGCAUCAAGAGCAGGUUGAAAUUUUUAAGUAGCGUUGUCACGGUCCUGUGGCUUUAAUGUCAAAGUUUCCAUUCCAUCUUACCGUUUCUAUAUUGAUUUGCUUUAUUUGUCCAUAGGAAAGAAUAUAUUUAUUUUUGAUGCUAGGUAAAAGUUGUGCAUAAUAGAUUUUAAAUAAUAAUAUGUCACUCAUAAUUUUUCUGUAGUUUUACUUUCUGUUCUGCUUGUAACUGAAAUCUGUUUUACAUUUUGAAGGUUUGUAGUUGUAAAAAAAAAAAAACGUUUUUGCUGUUUAUGGAACAGAAUUUUACAGAAUAAAGUAAUAGGAAUGCAAAAAAAAAACAA